AUGACAUUUGCAACAUCCAAGGAGCGGAACGAGCACUCUUAUCGCUAUCACAAGAAGUGGUCUAAAGAGAAUAACAUACCUGAUCCGAGGCGACGUUGCCAAGUAUGCCGAACAAAAUUGUCAAAGGCGUCCUACAUCAAGAGACAUUUAAAACGAUCUCCCGGCUGCAAUGCAAUCCUCGGAGGAUUGCCCACCAAGGAUCAAACUCUCAUGCUGUCUGACUCCGAGAACGAUUGA